CGCCCCCACCCCCACACUUGCGCGGGAGAAGCUGCAUGGGCUGUCCCUUCCUGCGGGGUCUCCUACCUGUGCUGUUGCCGCCGCCGUCCGUCUGUGUCCGGCACUGCCUGUUCAGCCUGGAAUCCAUCCAGCCCCCAAAAAGAGCACGCAGCAGCCUCAUGGCACCACCUCGAAUCGGGACACACAACGGCACCUUCCACUGCGACGAGGUCCUGGCAUGCUCAUUGCUCCGCCUCCUGCCUGAGUACCGGGAUGCAGAAAUUGUGAGGACCCGCGACCCCGAAAAACUGGCUUCUUGCGACAUCGUGGUGGACGUGGGUGGCGAGUACGACCCUCAAAGACACCGAUAUGACCACCACCAGAGGUCUUUCACAGAGACCAUGAGCUCGCUGUUUCCUGGGAAGCCCUGGCAGACCAAGCUGAGCAGUGCGGGACUCAUCUAUCUGCACUUUGGGCACAAGCUGCUGGCCCAGUUGCUGGGCACUAGUGAAGAGGACAGCAUGGUGGGCACCCUGUAUGACAAGAUGUAUGAGAACUUUGUGGAGGAGGUGGAUGCAGUAGACAAUGGGAUCUCCCAGUGGGAGGAGGGAGAGCCUCGAUAUGCAGUGACCACUACACUGAGUGCGCGGGUCGCCCGCCUUAAUCCCACCUGGAACCAGCACAACCAAGACACAGAGGCUGGGUUCAAGCGCGCAAUGGAUCUGGUUCGAGAGGAAUUUCUGCAGAGACUACACUUCUACCAGUACAGCUGGCUGCCAGCCCGGGCCUUGGUAGAAGAGGCCCUGGCCCAGCGAUUCCAGGCAGACCCAAGUGGGGAGAUAAUAGAACUGGCAAAAGGUGGAUGCCCCUGGAAAGAGCACCUCUAUCACCUGGAAUCUCUACUGUCACCCCCAGUGACCAUCACCUUUGUUAUCUACACUGACCAGGCUGGACAGUGGCGGGUACAGUGUGUGCCCAAGGAGCUCCAUUCAUUCCAGAGUAGGCUGCCCCUCCCAGAGUCAUGGCGAGGUCUUCGGGAUGAGGCUCUAGACCGGGUCAGUGGAAUUCCUGGCUGCAUCUUUGUUCAUGCCAGUGGCUUCAUUGGUGGACACCACACCCGAGAGGGUGCCUUGAGCAUGGCCCGUGCCACGCUGGCCCAGCGCCCAGCAUUCCCAGGGUCACAUUAAAGAAUAGGAAUGGGGACAGAAGGUCCUUCCUGCUGGGAGUUCCAGGGGCCGAGUGCCUUUCUCCAGGCCAUCCUUGCCCACCCUCUGUCCUCCCACUUACCGAAAGA